AUGUGUCCGCAUGUGCAUGGCUUUCACACCUCCGACGCAAUCCAAUUAAAGAAGAUAACAGCAUCACAGCCUUUUAUUACGUCACAACCCGCAGUUAAUCUUGCAACCUGGCCGGUCAAGAAUGGUUAUCCUGUGGCCUUUGGUAGAGCUCGUGGGUCAAGUCGGGUCAUCUUACUCAUAUCGGAAGCAAGUUGUGAACUUGACAAGGCUGCCCUACAGCUGUGGUCACGCUACGCUCCGGAGGGCUUAGGUUCCACUGCCGCAGCUCCUGAGGGCACGAGUGAACACAGCGGUGCUUAUGGUGCCAAGACAGCGCGAGAGGAGCCACGACCUCGCGCGAUGGAACUUGGCUCUCGAGGAAGCACCGAGGCAGCGCGAGUCUCGAGGCACAAGGCAGCGCGGGUCUCGAGGAACAGCACCGAGGCAGCGCGGUCUCGAGGAACAGCACCGAGGCAGCGCGGGUCUCGAGGAACAGCACGAGGCAGAGGUCGGGUCUCGAGGAACAGCACCGGGCAGCGCGAGGAACAGCGGCAGCGCGGGUCUCGAGGAACAGCACCGAGGCAGCGCGAGGAACAGCACCGAGGCAGCGCGGUCUCGAGGAACAGCACGAGCGCGGGUCUCGAGGAACAGCACGAGGCAGUCUCGAGAACAGCACGAGGCGCGCGAGUCUCGAGGACAGCACCGAGGCAGCGCGGUCUCGAGGAACAGCACAAGGCAGCGCGGGUCUCGAGGAAGCACGAGGCACGCGAGUCUCGAGGAACAGCACCGAGGCAGCGCGGGUCUCGAGGAACAGCACCGAGGCAGCGCGGGUCUCGAGGACAGCACGAGGCAGCGCGGGUCUCGAGAACAGCACGAGGCAGCGCGGGGUCUCGAGGAACAGCACCAAGGCAGCGCGGGUCUCGAGGAACAGCACCGAGGCAGCGGGAGUCUCGAGGACAGCACCGAGGCAGCGCGGGUCUCGAGGAACAGCACGAGGCAGCGCGGGUCUCGAGGAACAGCACCGAGGCAGCGCGGGUCUCGAGGAACAGCACCGAGGCAGCGCGGGUCUCGAGGAACAGCACGAGGCAGCGCGAGUCUCGAGGAACAGCACAAGGCAGCGGGGUCUCGAGGAAACAGCACCGAGGCGCGCGGGUCUCGAGGAACAGCAACGAGGCAGCGCGGGUCUCGAGGAACAGCAGAGGCAGCGGGGUCUCGACAGAGGCAGCGCGGGUCUCGAGGAAGGCAGCGCGGGUUCGAGGAACAGCACCGAGGCAGCGGGUCUCGAGGAAUCCGAGCAGCGCGGGUCUCGAGGAACAGCACCGAGGCAGCGCGGGUCUCGAGGAACAGCAGCCGAGGAACAGCACCGAGUCUCGAGGAACAGCACGCGCGGUCUCGAGCAGUGAGGAACAGCACCGAGGCAGCGCGGGUCUCGAGGAACAGCACGAGGCAGCGAUCUCGAGGAACAGCACCGAGGCAGCGCGGGUCUCGAGGAACAGCACCGAGGCAGCGCGGGUCUCGAGGAACAGCACGCGGGUCUCGAGGAACAGCGAUCUCGAGAACAGCGAUGAGGAACAGCACCGCGCGGUCUCGAGGAAAGCACCGAGGCAGCGCGGGUCUCGAGGACGUGGUCACCGCCAUCUGACGCGACUCGGAGGCUCUUUCUUCCCAUGGCAAAGCGCCGUCCUCUGCCCCGCCUUAGUCUCUAAAG